AUGGAUAUUAGACUUUUUAACGCUGAAGGUGAAAAUCAUGCCAAAAAGAAAAAAAAAUCAAUUCAAAAGGGGGAUAUGAUUCCAAUUUCAUCAAUAAUUGAUAAAUAUAGGGUUAAAAUUGCAAAAGAAAAUAGAGGCAAGAUAAAACUAACUAUUGAGGCUAUUUUAUAUUGUGGCUUGCAAGGCCUAGCACUUCAUGGCCACAAGGAUUCAGGAAGCUUAAAUUUUAAUAAUAAUGAUAACGAAGAAAAAUUGAUUGUUGAAAUCAAUUCUGCCCCAUGCUUCUCAAUUUUGGCAGAUGAGACCACGGACAUUGUUGGCAUUGAGCAGAUGUCGUUGUGUGCGCGAUAUGUAGAUACUCAUAAAAACAACAUUAUCAAAGAAAUGUUUCUUCAAUUUAUUCCUGUUUCAAGCAUGACUGGGUCUGCUUUAGCUGAUCUAAAUAUAAAUAUGAUACGUGGGCAAGGGUAUGAUGGAGCACUUGCAAUGAGUGGACAAUUCAAUGGACUUCAGGCAUUUAUUAAAAAAAAAUUCCCAACAGCUAUAUAUGUCUACUGUGCUGCCCAUUCACUCAACUUAGCAAUAUCGGAUUCAUGUUCUUUACCAUUGAUAUCAAAUUGCUUAGGUAAAAUAUCUAGCAUCUAUGAGAUGUUUAGAUACCCCAAGCGUCAAAAUAUUUUGAACAAAAUUAUAUCAGAAACUCCUUGCCCAACAAGGAGAAAAAAAUUGCAAAAAGCUUGUCCAACAAGAUGGAGUCUUCGACAUCAAGCAGUAACAGCUUUUAUCGAGUUAGAAGAGCCGAUUAUUAUGCUCUUACAGAAAUAUCACAAUGGUCUGAAAGAGAUAUUUCUUCAGAAGCAAGCAAGUUACUGGAUUCAAUACUUAUACCAAAUUUUUUUUUCGCAUUAG